UGCACUCAGCACAUGUCGACUUGUGUCUACGACCUACGUGAAAGUGACACUUAGGUAAACACAGCAAAGCUGGGGUAGCAGAAGCUUUUGUCACUUUGUUUGAAAACACGAACUUGCGCCGGUGAGAAUUAUUCAGUUUUACAAAAUUGAAACAGUAUAAAAUACCAAUAAUGAAAAUAAUAGAACUUCGUCCAAACAGAGAAUUAUUGAAUGUAAAGUUUGAAACGUAUUUAUACGAUCAAAAUGUAUUUUUCCAAAGGAAAUUUGAUAAAAAAUUACAAACUGAAAUCCUAAGAUUGGAACCUGAUUCAUCUCAAGACUCUUUACUGGAAGCAAAAUUGUUUGCGUAUCACAAUCAUUUAUUUCGAAAUCCAUACGACUCUACCUGUUGGUUUAUAGACAAUGAUGGACAAGUAUGGUGUUUCAACAAUGAGGACUCUUCGCUGCAACUCAAAUUAGAUAAAGCUGCAUCAAUAAAAUUGAUAAAAUCUGUUUAUAAUCCAUCCAUUGGUUUUGGUUCACAAAAUGUAAUAUCAGUUACUAACGGUGGUGGUAUACUUGAACUAUUUAUUGAAGGCAAUGGAAGGUUCAAUCAUUUUCUAUUUGAAGACAUUGAAGCAGGGGUAAUUUUUGAUACUAGGUACAUCAAAGAAACUGAUAAUAUAAUUGUAGCUCUUAAUUCAAUCCAUGAAAAUGAUACUAAAAAAGUUUCAAAACUUAUAUUAUUAACAUAUCAUCUGGAUAAUAGUGUCAAAGAUGAACCUUUAUCCAUCAAAUUGGUAAAGAAACAAAUUUUAAAAGUAAAAGGUUCAAUUAAUCAUGUUUAUAUCGAAAAAAAUGGGCAAUACUGCAAUAUUAUCGGUAGUGAUCAAAUUGAAUUUGAAUAUGAUUCUGUCAAUCCUAUAAAAUCUGAGGAUAACGAUUCUAAUACAGAUUCUCUCAUAAAAAUUCCACGAUAUUAUUGGUCUCAAGAUGAAGAUUCUCUAACAGUAUACAUGAAAAUUCCAGACACCCUAGCUCAAUUUUCAGAAAAAGUAAAAACUACAUCGCUAGGUGUUGAUGUUACAAUAGAAGAUGUUAUUCUUCUAAAAGGUGAAACUCCAUACAGAUUAGAACCAAACUUAACUACUUUUAAACGUGAUAAAGAUACUCUGCAAGUUGAACUGAUAAAAGCAGAAAAUGGUUUGAUGUGGAAUGAAUUAAUAAAAGGAGAUACUGGAGGAGAAUAUUUGCCAAACGAGGCAUUAGCUGCUGAAGUCCAUGCCAAAUUAGCUCAUUUAUGUUCAGAUGAAAUAGUAACAAGAGAAAAAAAUCAACCAUCUAUCGGUUUCAACACUGAACAACUUGAAGAAUGUGAUUUGAACUCAGAAGAAAAUAUUUUACAAAGAAUUGAUUUAAAAUCCAACAGUAUAUCACAUUUAGUAAUGUUAGGUAUAAAUAACCGAGUUUUAUUUGCUGAGAAUCAAUCAACUGGUAUGUGCAUAUGCCUGAGACAUGAUAAUGACGGUUGCAUUUGGAAUACUGUGGAGAACGAAAAUGAUUGGGAUUUGAAACAUAGUUUUACGUUUCCUGGUUUCGGGUACAUAGAAGCUAGUAAAACAAAUAAAAAAUUUUGCAUUGCACCAUUUGAUAGAUCCAUUGUACUCAUCAUAGAAUGGGCUAGACAUGCACUUUUAUAUGAGAGACCUAAAAAAAAUGCUACAGUUGGCAGACAAGCCAUACUAGAUUUUGAAAAUGGAAUAACUCAAAUUUUAGGAGCUGUAGCAUUUAAUCAACAUCUGAUUAUUCUUACAAAAGACUCAUUACUUCAAAUGGAAAUUUGUUUAUAAAAUGAAUGAACUAGAAAUAUGAUUGUAUUUUCACUUUUG